AUGUCCUGCCAAACAUGCUCAUCCGAACUACCCCCCAAUCUCUUCAAACAAUCUUUCAUCACUCCCUGUUGUUCCACCCCGAUAUGUCCAAGUUGCAUCAACAGGAAUCCGAGGUUGAAAGAAUACAUACCAUGUCUGAGAUGUGGUGAUCCUCGUACUUCCGAAUUGAAAGGUGGGGCUAGUAUAUCCAGACCCGGUGGAUCAAGUGGGAGUAGGAAUGAUCAUGGUUUAGCAAGAGAUAUCGUAGAGAAUAAUGGGGAUGAGGUUGUAUUUGAAAUUGGUGAUUGCGAUGAUGAUGAUGAGGAGGAGGACGACGACGCAGAUGCACCACCAGGAUAUGAAGACAUCAAUUCUCAGCAAUACAAUGACCCCAAUCGAAACCGACAGAACAUUCGAGACAGUACAAUCAACGAAGACUCGUCAGAAAGUGCAUUAGAUGCAUUGAAAGAGCCUACCGACACGUUACCGCCAGAUAAUUCCAUUUCCACUCCUGCGGUCAUCCCAGCGGCAGACGAAGGUAAAUACGAGACAGUCGAAGUAACUCAUGAAAUCCAGAGAUCCGAUACACUUCUAUCUAUCUCAAGGCGGUACGCAACUGAUCCUCACGAUCUCCUAUCAUUGAACAAUUUGCCAUACACCGCGUUAUCAACUCAUCCUCGUAUCCUCCAUACUCGCAAAACACUAAUCAUCUCUCGUCGACAAAUACCUUCAUCCAAAAUACCUUCUCAACCAGCUACCUCCAGCUCACCUUUCCAGGAAGAAAAUGAAGAAAGGGAGAAAUCCAAACAAUUCAAGAGAUUUCAACUAUUAACGAAAAACACAGAUUUGGGAAUCGCCAAUACCUAUUUAAACCUUUCGGAAUUAGAAGAAUCACUCGGAGAUGAUCCACUGGAAAGUGGAAGUGGGGAAACCAUCAAUGGUCAUAAGAAAAAGCAAUUCGCGAAUAAAGAGAAUAGGGAACAGAGAGCUUUGGAGAGUUUCUUUGAGGACGAUGAGUGGGAGAAAGAGCAUGGUGGUAGUUUAUCGAAAUUGAGGAUAAAUGUCAAACAAAGUACUGGGCAAGGGAAAGGGAAAGGAGGAGGAUCUAGUUGGAAUAUCUCAUCAGCGGGAGGCAUGAAAGUGCAAUGA